GUUCCACAGCCCUGAGCCUUGCCAGGACCAACGACGGGCAACACCCAGCUGCACAGAGUGACUGCACAGGAGGGCCACAGUGCAAACUGUUCCACUGUCCCUAAAGGAUGGAUAUGAAUUACUGGAAAUGUGGAAGUAUGAAAAAGAAAUAGCGAAUUGGAGAGAGGUGGCACCAUGUGGCAGAAGCAACCCCAUGCUUGUGGCCGCCCUUCGGGAUCUCUGCCCGCCGCCACCGCCUCACGUGCCGCAGGCCUUCGGGCCUCCGCCAUCCCGGGCCUCAGCCCCGAGGCGCCGCGCGGCUGACACCGAGUCCGAGCUGGAGCACGACGCCGAGACCCGCUGCACCCUGUGCGCGCGUGUGCUCCAGGAUGAAGAAGACCCCCUGUGUUGCCCCCACCCUGGCUGCUCCCUGAGGGCCCAUGUGACCUGCCUGGCAGAGGAGUUCCUGCAGGGGGAGCCAGGGCAGCUUCUGCCCCUAGAGGGCCAAUGCCCUGGCUAUAAGACUCACUGCUGUGGGGAGACUUGAUCUGGCUGUGCCGGAUGGGCACCGAGGAGGAAGAGGAGGACUCGCAAUUAGAAGAGGAACACUGGACCGACAUGCUGGAGCUCUGAUCCUCAGCGUCCCCAACCUCUGCCCACUCCUUUUCUGUGCCACCCCCUGUAGGUCUGGGCAGUUUUUACUUGAGUACAAUAAAAAAAUCUAAGUUAAGGUUUAAAAAAAAAAAAAGUAAUAGGGAACCAACUCAAGAUAGCUCAAAGAGAAAAGAGUAAGAAUUUUACUUGGAGAAUGUAAUAUCCAAAUAAUGAAAUAUGGGUGAACAGUCAGGCCUCAUAAAGGAAAUAGAAAGCUGUUAAGAUCUUUUCUGUGUCCUUCAUCCUACUUGUUUUUGCAUGUCUGCUUCAUUCUUCACUUCCAUUACAGAUCAGCUUUCUAGUAACUCUUCUGAAGUCUUGGCAGAAUAUGGCUAUCCACAUGUCCCAAUUCUGGAACAGUAUAAUUCCAGACAAAUCUACAUUCAGAGUAAAAAUGUAAUGAGCCACGCAUGACUCCACUAUAGCUAGAUGACAUCCAGUACCAAUGUGGUCUUCAGGGGCCCAAAGAAAUGGGGCUUGUGAGAGCUAGAUAAGCCAUCCCCAAAGGAUCUAUUACAAGGAUGUAGAAGGAAAUCUUAUUUCUUAAUAUUAGGAAAAACAUUGUCUUCCUAGAAAAUUAAUAGAAAGAUAUGAACCAAAUUUUAACAGUA